AUGGAUUCGCCCACAGACGACAAGAUGGUGUGUGACACCCCGACGGACCGGUCCGUCGCAGCGUCGGAAGAUAAGCCGGAGUGGGAUCAUCAACAGGAGCAGAAGGCCAAGAGGAAAAUCGAUCUCACCGUCCUCCCGCUCCUCGUCCUCGGCCUGCUCAUGUUCCAGCUCGAUCGCAUGAACCUCGCCAGCGCGCUUACGGCAGGCUUCGCAAAGGAUAUUGAUGUCAGCCAGGACACAAUCAACCUCGGCAACCAGCUCAUGUUCAUGGGUACCGUCGUGCUGGAAAUCCCAUGCAACCUGCUUCUACAAUGGGUGCGUUCCCGCCAUGUGUUGUCGUCUACGAACCGUCAUCCCCCCCCCACACACACACACACAUACACACAACUAUACAUCGUCACCCCCAACGAAGACUCCGAACAGCACCUCAGACUAACCACGCACACCCGGCAGUUUGGUCCCCGGAAAUGGAUAUCUCUCCAGGUCCUGCUCUUCGGCCUCGUCGCCACCCUCCAGGUCCUCGUCAAGAACCGCGCCGGCUUCCUGGCUAUCCGCCUCAUGCUCGGCCUCGCCGAGGCCGGCUACAUCCCCGGGUCCAUGUACACCCUCUCAACCUGGUAUACGAAGCGCGAGCUGGCGAAGCGCAUCGCCAUCUUCAUGUUCGGCCAGUUCGGCGGCAACGCCCUGAGCCCCCUGCUCGCGACGGGCAUCUUGAAGUUGGCGGGCAAGGGCGGGUUGAAGGGGUGGCAGUGGCUCUUUUUGCUCGAGGGUCUUGCAACGCUCGGGGUGGCGUUGAUGCUCAUCUUCCUCCUCCCCGGAUCCCCCGACACGCCGAAGCCUCUGGGAAGCCCGGGCAUUGUCCGCUUUACCACGGACCAGCGGGAGAUACUCCAAAAGAGGAUACACGCCGACGAGCCCGGGAGCAGGCACGGCGUCCACGGCAUCGAGAUCCCCUGGGCCCUGGUCUGGAAGACAGUCAAGCACUACAAGCGGUGGCCGCACUACGUGUCCACCUUUUGCGUCUUCUCGACCUGGUCGCCGUUGACGACCUACACCCCCUCCAUCAUCAUGGCCCUUGGCUUCGACCGCAUCAGCGCCAACGCCCUCGCCGCAGUGGGCGCCUCUCUCGCCAUGGCCGUCGUCUUCGCGUUCGCCACGCUGAGCGACCGGACCAACAAGAGAGGAAUGGCGGUCAUCCUGGGACACGUCUGCUACCUGACCAUCUUGGUCGUCGCUCGCAGCAUCCACCCACACGUCGGGAAAUGGUCGAGAUGGGGUUUGUGGACAAUGAUCAAUGCCUUUGCCGUCUGCUACCACCCGGCACAUAACACCUGGCUGCAGGUCAACUGUCGUGAUCCCGGCGAACGCAGCAUUGGAAUCGCCAUGUGGGUGAUGUCCGCCAUCAGCGGCCUGAUGGUCGGGUCGCAGUAUUUCAGGGGCGAUGAUCUGCCGUUCUACGACAAAGGACUCCUGACUAUGAUCAUUAUGGUCUCGGUGGGCAUGGCCUUCGCGCUCCUUCAAGAGGCCGUUUAUUUCGUGCACAACCGGCGCGUCGCCCAGGGCAAGCAUACGUCCAAAGACGGGUCGGAGCCGUAUGUGUACGUCUUUUGA